AUGACGAGAGAGAACUUUCUCCUAUACUCUGAGAAUCUUGAUUGCUGCCAUCCGGUGCGGAGGCAUUUGUACGAUGUCUUGGUCAGCGACAUGGGCCAGGCUUUCUGCAACUCGCGGUGCAUUGUUGAAAGAAUCUCGCCGCAGUCUGCUUUCAAGGCGGCAGAUGCUUGGGGCGGCGUGGACCAGACGAAGGUGAUGCAGCACUCAUUAUUUUGCCCGCUGGGCCCAGGGGAAGUUCCCCACCGGUAUAAGUUCUACAAAGCUAUCUUGGCCGGCUGCAUUCCGGUGCUCUUCGACUUUCCAUCGUACUUCCCGAAGCAGAGGAGUUGGUGGAAAGAGUUCGGAUCUCCUUUCCAACUGUCUCUACCGUUUUUCGAGGUUAUCCCCUACACAGAGUUUGCCCAGGCCCCAGUUUCAUUGAAAGGGCGCUCCCAGGAGUCAUGCACAUUUCUCAGCUCCAAUUCAUGUGGGUAG